UUUCCGCGUUGACAAAGAAUUCAAUGUACAUUCGUAACGUGUGGCAGCUAAGGAAAAGAUCUCGCGAUAGGUGCGACAUGUAUGCAUUACCAUUGUUGCUGUCACUAUUGUUUCAAGUUUCUUGGGGAUUUACUGGGCGAGGUCUCUUUUAUCCUGGCAGAACGGACUUGUUUGAAUUAUCAAUAAUUCAUUUAAAUGACUUUCAUGCCAGGUUCGAGCAAACGGGCCCGUUUUCUGGGUCCUGCCGAGAGGGUCACGAAGAAGAUUGCGUGGGAGGUAUCGCUAGGGUCUACACUGCAGUUAAUCAGCUUAUGAGUGAACGACCGAAUGCGAUUUUCCUAAAUGCUGGUGAUCACUUUCAGGGAACUCUCUGGUACAAUAUUCAUCGCUGGAACGCCACCGCUUUAUUCAUGAAUAUGUUGCCACAUGACGCUAUGACAAUCGGUAACCAUGAGUUCGACAAUAAGAUCGAAGGCCUCGUUCCCUUUCUUAAAAAUGUUAACGCGCCAGUUGUAGUGACAAACAUCGAUGACAGUGAGGAGCCAGCUAUACAGGGUUUAUAUAAGAACAGCACCAUUAUUGAGAGAAAUGGUACCAAGAUUGGUGUUAUUGGUGUUAUUCUAUCAACCACGAAUCUUCUCUCAAAUACGGAAAAAUUGAAGUUUUUGGAUGAAGUGGAGACGGUCAAUGAAGAAGCUAAGCGAUUAAAAGAAAAGGGGAUAAAGAUUAUUACAGUUUUAAGCCACUGUGGAUUGGAUGUGGAUAGGAUCAUGGCUGAAAAAUGUCCUCUGGUCGAUGUAAUCAUCGGUGGUCAUUCGCACACAUUUCUCUAUAGUGGACCCCCGCCUUUCAUCGAUAGGCCAGAAGAUGAAUAUCCUGUUGUCGUGAUGCAGAAUAAGACGGGCAGAACAGUCCUUAUCGUUCAAGCAGCUGCUUUUACAAAAUACUUAGGUAACCUGACAGUGUGGUUCGAUGAUAAAGGCGAAGUCGUCGAUUGGGACGGAAAUCCAAUUCUCUUGGACCAAUCUAUUGAGGAAGAUCCGGACAUUUUGGAAGCUUUGAAACCUUGGAAGAAGGAGGUGGAUGCAACUGCUUUGAAAAAAAUUGGCAGCACAAGAGUUUUACUCGAACGCAAUUGUCGCUACGAAGAAUGCAACAUGGGAAAUCUCAUAACCGAUGCCAUGGUGGAUGCGUUCGUCGAUAACGCUGAAAAUAAAACUCAUUGGACAUAUGCAGCAGUGGCCUGUUCGAAUGCAGGAGGAAUCCGUACUUCUAUUGAGGAAUCUGAGAUUACUUACGGUGAUCUAAUGAUGGUUCAACCUUUUGAAAACACUUGGGACACUAUUGAACUGACUGGAAAGUCCAUUGAGAAAAUUCUACAAAUGAAUGAAAUUCUAGUCUGGUCUGGAUUAAAAAUUAUUUACAAAAAUGUCAAUAAAAGACGAACUGUGGUAGACGUUAAAAUUAGGUGCCAAGCUUGCGAAUAUCCGGCAUUUGAAGAAUUGGUGGACGAUCAAUGGUACAGAAUAGUAGUGCCAAGUUUUUUGAUAAAUGGCGGUGACGGCUAUCAUAUUUUCAAAAAUGAGAGUCGUAAUCAUAAAAAUUGGAACGGUCGAUAUAGAUCAUUUUAUAAAAUAUGUAGCAAAGAUGAGUCCCUUAUUUAUUGGAACUGAGAGACGAAUCAUCUUUAUCGAUUCUUAAAAAUUAUUUCUAAAUUAACUUUUGUAAAUAUAAAAUUGUAUUUAGAGAGAUUUUAUCAUAAAUAAAUUGGAAGA